AUGCAUUUUGUUCAUACGUUUAUUCGUUGUGUUCUACUUUUUUAUUUUAUCAAAUGGAAUGGAUAUAAUUUCCAUAUGUUAAAAAGACUAUUUUUUAAAAAUGGUAAGAAUAUUAUAGAGAGAAGUUUCAGAAAAUGUAAAAAAAAUAAUUUUAGUAAAUCGUAUCAUUCAAUUGUAUAUAUAAAAAAUGGAGUCACUGAAUAUAUGUUUAAAAAUAAAAGAAGGGGGAGAGGAGAACCAAAAAAAAAUAUAAUAAUAUAUAAUAAAUAUCUAUUCCUUCUUAAUAAUUUCAUCCAUAAAAAUAAAGAUAAAAGUUAUUUAUCUACAUCAUUAGAAAGAAAAUAUUUUAAAAAUCAAAAGGACGAUGACCACAAAAUUUUGAAAAAUAGAAUAAAGAAUUACAAAAGCAUUAAACUAUAUAUGAAUAAGAUAGAAGAAAAAUCAACUAAAGAAAUAGAAAAUAAAGAUGAUAUAUUAAAUAAGGACAAUAUAAAUAAUAAACAUAUAUAUGAUAAUAACAAAGAAAAUGAUAUAUUUGAUAAAUAUAAUACAAAACAAUAUGAAAAAAUAAUAAAAAAGAAAAAUAUUCAUUCUAUAUUAUUAUGUGGAGGUAUAGGAAAAAGAACUGAAUUGAUCGGUCCUAAGCAAUUUUUAAAAUUAAAUGAUAUACCUCUGUUUAUAUAUUCAUUUAAUUUGUUUAUAAAAUGUAAUUUAAUAAAAUCUCUUACUUUAGUAUGUGAUAAAAAACAUUUUUCAUGUAUCAUCCAUAAUAUAAAUGUAUAUAAUCAACUUCUUUUAAAAAGAAAAAUGAUAAACUCCUUUUUAAAAAAUGGAAACGAUAAAUUAAAUAUAAAUCUGAAGGAAUCUGAUCAAGAUGAAAAAGACAACAUAAAAGAUUUCUCUUCCCAAAAAAUAAAUUUAGGAGAAAAUCAUUUUAAUGAUGAUAGUAAUAUAAUAGAUUAUAUACACAAAAAUACAUACAUUAUAUAUGAUAAUGAAAAAAAUAAAUGUAUUCUAGAUAUGCAAGAACUAUUAAAUGAUUUGUCAAAAGAUAUAAAGAUAAGAAAGAAAAAAGAAAUAAAUGAAAAAAAUGAAAAAAAUGAAAAAGAUGAAAAAAAUGAAAAAAAUGAAAAAGAUGAAAAAAAUGAAAUAAAUGAAAUAAAUGAAAUAAAUGAAAAAAACGAAAUAAAUGAAAAAGAUGAAAAAAAUGAAAAAAACGAAAUAAAUGAAAAAAAUGAAAAAAACGAAAUAAAUGAAAAAGAUGAAAAAAAUGAAAAAAACGAAAUAAAUAAAAAAGGUGAAAAACAUAUAAUUCAAAUAAAACAAAAACAUAUAAAUGUCAAUAGAUAUAAAUUAUUAAAAAUUGUAGAAAGUGGAAAAGAACGAUUAGAUUCUUUUUUAAAUGCUAUGAAAUCAAUAGAUAUAGAAUUAGAUAGUCAAAUGUAUAUUUACGAAUUAUUAAAAAAAUAUAUCCAAGGGAAAAAUAAAAAGAAUGAUAAUAUAUCAUACGAAUUUGAAGAUAUUAAUAAAAGUAAAUGUAAUAAAAAUUAUAAUUCAAAUAAUGAUAAUAUGCAAAAUAACAAUAUUAAAGACAAAAAAGAAGAAAAAAAAAAAAAAUAUAUACAUAUAACAAAUAUUUUAAUACAUGAUGGUGCUCGUCCUUUCUUAUCAGAAAUUGAUUUCUUUAAUUUAAUUUAUUACUCCACUUUAGAUAAAAAUGUUAUAUUAGGUUCAAAAGCUACUGAUACUAUAAAAUUGAUACAACAUGAAGAAGAAAAUAAAAAAAAGACAACUAGCCGUUUUAUUAAAAAAACUAUAGAUAGAGAUAUCAUAUUUCAAGCACAAACACCACAAAUAUUUGAUAGUAAAACGUUGCAUAAUAAUAUAUUAACAUAUAUCCUUCCAAUGAAAAAUAAUGAAAAAAAAAUAAAACAAACAAAUAUAAAUAUUAUUAAUGAUAGUAAUUAUCCCAACAAUGAACAACAACAUAAGAAACAAUUUACGGAUACCUCUUCUUUAUAUCAAUAUUUUAAUAAAUCAAAAAAAAAAAAAAUUUUUGUGUUACAAUCAAAUUUUCCUAAUUUUAAAGUAACUACACCAGAAGAUGUUUUACAUUCAUUUUUUCUAAUGAAAUAUAUUUAUAAUUAUAAAUUUAUUGAUAUAGAAGAAAGUAUAUUUAAAGAUGAAUAUAUAAAUUCCCAUUCAAGUUUUAUAUUAAAAAAGCAGUUUAAUAAUUUCUUUUUCUAUGAUGCUUUAAAUGAAAAACAAAAAAUACUAUAUCACAAAUUUUAUUAUUCUUCAAAAUGA